AUGAUCACAGAGCUUGGAAGAUCAAUAACAAACACCCUGUCGAACCUCCUGAGCUCGCCGGCCACCGACCAGCACAUUGAGACGGCAAUAAGGGAGAUAUGCAACUCUCUGAUUCUUUCGAAUGUGAAUCCCAGAUAUGUAAGUGACCUAAGAGACGAGUUGAGGGCAAAGCUUGACCCGGGCAAGAUGGCGCCUGGGUUCAACAAGGCUCGGAUGGUCCAGAAUGCUGUCUACGAAAGGCUGGUUGAUCUGCUAGACCCGAGGACUGAGAGCUACAAGAUCGAAAAGGGGAGAACAAGUGUUGUUGUGUUUGUGGGGCUCCAGGGGUCUGGAAAGACAACCAGCAUAUGCAAGUAUGCGAACUUCUACAAGAAGAAAGGAUAUAAGGUCGGGAUAGUGUGUGCAGACACGUUCAGAGCGGGGGCAUUUGACCAAGUCAGGCAGAAUGCUCUGAAGAUCAAGGUUCCAUUCUUCGGCAGCUCUGAGGCAGAUCCCGUGAAGGUGGCGUCUGCAGGGGUGGAGAGAUUUAGAAAGGAGAGGUUUGAGCUUAUUCUUGUCGACACCAGUGGAAGACACACCCAGGAGACCGAGCUGUUUACCGAGAUGAAGGAUAUCAUUCGAGAGAUCAGCCCGAGCAGCAUUGUGUUUGUGAUGGAUGCAGGGAUAGGACAGUCUGCGGAGGACCAGGCGAUGGGAUUCAAAAGGGCUGUGGAUGUUGGAUCGAUAAUCCUGACCAAGAUCGACGGAACCACCAAGGCCGGGGGCGCAAUAAGCUCUGUGGCGGCAACAAAAUGCCCCAUCGAGUUUGUAGGGACCGGGGAGGGGAUGGACGACCUGGAGGCAUUCGAUGCAAGGAGAUUUGUAUCGCGGAUGCUUGGGAUGGGGGAUGUCGAGGGGCUGAUGGAAAAGGUAGGGAGCCUCGGAAUUGACGAGAAGGAGGUUGUCAAGAAGCUGAGGCAGGGAAGGUUUACGCUUGGGGAUUUCUACGACCAGUUCCAGAAGAUCCUAAGCCUUGGGCCGAUUUCCAAGCUGCUUGAGAUGAUACCGGGGUUCUCGGGGCUCUCACUGCCCGACGAAGACACCUUUAAAAAGCUUAUAUAUGUGUUUGACUCUCUGAGCCGAGGAGAAUUAGACUCCACGGGACAAGUGUUUGAAAAAGAGCCAAGUAGGAUCAUGAGGGUCGCCCGAGGAAGCGGGACGUCUGUCCAGGGCGUUGUCGAGAUCCUUACGCAGUUCAAGAAGGCGCACGCGGUGAUGCAAAAGAUCAGCUCCAUCCCCGGGAUCGAAGGCAUGAUGGGAAAUCCAUCCUCGAUGAGUCUGGCCCAGAAGGCCAAGCUGAAGGAGCAGGCAAGGAAUAUACUGCCAAAGGAUCUUCUUGACCGCAUGGGCUCAAUGUUUUGA